AGACAAAAACAACCUUUAUUUUUGUCAAAAGUUUCCUUUUUAGAGUUCACACGUACCAUGAAGAGAAGCAUGACAGGAAGGGAGCUUGACAGCAUGAGCACCAUGGCGAACUGCUUGAUGCUGCUCUCUCGGGGGGCAGAAAUUGACGUUUUCUCCAGCUCUCCUAGCCGCGUCUUCGAGUGCAAGACUUGCAGCCGGCAAUUCCCGUCGUUCCAAGCGCUCGGCGGUCACCGGGCGAGCCACAAGAAGCCGAGGCUGAUGAUGGGAGGAGACGGAUCAAGUCUUGACUCUUCGCAGUCGUCGCAUGGCUCCCCGACCAAACCCAAAACGCACGAGUGCUCCAUCUGCGGCCUAGAGUUUGCGAUCGGGCAGGCUCUGGGCGGUCACAUGAGGAGGCACAGACAAAGCCAAGCUCCUUUGAGUCUUGAAGAAAGGCGGCAGGUUUCUUUAGAUCCUUCUUCUUCUUCUCCUUCUCCUUCUUCACAAGUUCCGGUUGUAAAGAAAACGACUAGUCGGAGAGUCUUGUAUCUGGAUCUAAACCUGACGCCGUUCGAGAAUGAUUUGGGAUUAGCACCACAAAUAUAUGGUUGAUUUUUUUUUUUUUUUCUUUUUUUUUGUAAUGAUCAAUAUUUAUUAAGCUUUUAUGCAGUCAUCAUGUUGUAGGUUACUGUAGUUCUCUGUCUUUUCUUUUUUCUUUUUUCUUUUUCUUUUC